AUGGCAGAGGGCAUAGCAUUUUCCAUUGUUGGGAAGCUUGCAGAAUACACAGUCGAUCCAGUUUUGCGCCAAAUCAAGUACUUGUUCUUCUACAACAGAAACAUUCAGAAUUUGCGGAUUAAAGUUGGAGAACUUGAAAAUAAGAGAAAUGCCGUGAAACGACAGGUUCAUGCCGCCGAAAGCAAUGCUGAAAUCCCCAGGGAAGAUGUUUCGGCAUGGUUGCUAAAGGUCGAUGACUUAAAGGAAAAAGCCGACGAAGUUUUGAACGGCGUACAAAGUUCUGAAAUGCGGUGUCUAUUCAAUAGAUGUCCAAAUUUGAAGUCCCGUUACUUAACAAGCAGGAGAGCCACGAAGAAGUCUAUUGAGGCUGAUAAGCUCAAACUGGAAGGUACAUUUGAGACGGUGAGCGAUCCUCGAUCGUCGGUGCAACUGUUGAACCUAACUUCCCACGAGGGUUUCGAAACAAGGUUAUCAACUAAGAAGAAAAUCCAGGAAGCUCUAAAGGACAAAGAGAUCGGCAUAAUUGGGAUCUAUGGCAUGCCUGGAGUUGGUAAGACAACAAUGGCAAAGGAAAUAGUAAAUGAAGUCAAAGUUGAGAAAUUAUUUGACGAGACUGCAUUUGCAGUUGUAUCUAACGAUCCAGACAUAAACAAAAUUCAAGAUCAACUCGCUGAAGCGCUUGAUCUAAAAAUUGAAGAUAAGACAACUAGCGUGAGAGCUGGACUACUUCAUGAAAGACUUAACAAUGACAGGAGCAUUCUUGUAGUAUUAGACGAUUUGUGGAAAAAAAUUGAUUUGGGAACUAUAGGAAUUCCAUCUCCAAAUGGUCAAAACAGGUUGAAAAUUAUGUUUACGACGCGAAGAGAAGAAACGUGUGUUAAAAUGGAAGCCAAGAAAUUCAAAAUCGAAGUUUUGAGUAAAGAAGAAGGAUGGCAACUUUUCACGGUUAAGGCAGGGAUUUCUGAUGAUGAAACUGAUGUUGAACUCGUAAGCUUAGCCAAAGAAGUUGCAAAUGAAUGUGGACGUCUACCUCUUGCAUUAGAGGUUGUUGGCAGUGCACUAAAAGACAAAAAGGCCGUAUAUGAAUGGAAAGAUGCACUUCGACAGCUAAAGAUGUCUAUUGCUACCAAUCUUGAAGGAAUGGACGAUAUCGUGUACAAAAGUAUAAGAUUGAGCUACGACUGUUUGGUAAGUAAUGAAGAGCGGGACUUGCUUUUACUCUGUUCUCUAUUCGCUGAAGAUGAAAGUAUUCCAAUUGAAAAUUUGGUUAGAUAUGCAAGGGGGCUAGAGUUGUUUAAAGAAACCGAGACACUAUGCGAAACUCGAGACCGAGCAAAGACAAUUGCGAAUAAUCUGAAAAGUUGUAAUUUAUUGCAACGAGGUAUGGAGGAAGACGCGGUGAAAUUGCAUGAUGUUAUCAGAGAUUUUUGCUUACAUAUGGCAAGGGAAGAAAAAGGUGGAUAUCUGGUGAAACAUGCUGGUUUGAAAGAGUGGCCAGAACAUGAUGCUCAUGAAUCGUGCAUUGCCAUCUCAAUUACAUUUGAUGAGCUGGAUCAGCUUCCAAGCGGGUUGAAAUAUCGGAACGUUAAGUUGUUACGGGUGAUAUGUCGCGAGUGGGGAGAAUGUAAAAUUUCCGAAGAAUUUUUCAAAGAUAUGAAAGAUCUCAGAGUUCUUGAAUUGGAAAGGAUGUACAUUCAAAUUCCAUCAUCAAUCAAAUUGGGUCUUCGAACUCUGAGCUUGAUUGACUGCAGAAUACAUUCUCAAUUAUCAAUGAUUGAGAGCCUAAAGUUGGAAAUUCUCUCUUUCUAUGAUUCUUCUCUCAAUAAUAAUUCGCCCAUUGAGUUAGCGAAUCUUUGCAACCUAAGGUCACUUGAUUUGAGGUUUUACGAGUCGUCCUGUCCACUUCGACCUGGUGUUUUGUCGGGUAUGAAGAAACUGGAAGAGCUGUGCUUGGGACGUUACAUUCCAAUAGAAGGUGAAGACGCCAAGAUAUUGAAGAAUGUUGUGAGUGAGUUAGAUGAAAAUGGUUUCAUUAAUUUGAAGACACUUAUUCUAUCAAGUGGUGAUUUCGAGUAUCUUAUUGAUGCCACCAACUCUAUUCCAAAUGGCACCUUCGGUAAAUUGGAGUCUCUCGAAUUGGAUCAUUUACCCAAGUUAAUAGAGAUAUGCAAUGGAAAUCUUCCAAGGGGUGUCAUCAAACCUCAAUUGUUCUGUAACCUUACGAGUGUGGAGAUAAGUGAUUGUGACACAAUUAGAAGCUUGUUUCGGGAGUCAGUUGCAAACGGCUUGGUAAAUCUCCAAAGUCUAUACAUAAGAUAUUGUUGGAUGUUAGAGGAAGUUGUUUCAACGGACGCACGAGAAAAUGAAGUUACCAAAGCUUGCAAAAUGCUUGAGUUUCCAAAACUGAAAAAAGUCAGCCUGGAAGGUUUGAGAAGAUUUAAGAGCUUCACAUCUCAAUCAAAUAGCGGCGUUGCUCAUCAAAUAUUUUUCAAUCAGAAUCAGGUCAACUUUCCCAACAUGGAGUCGUUGCAUGUUGAAAUGUUGGAUUGUAUAGUAAAGCUACUAGGCAAGGAAACAUCUCUGCCUAAACUAAAAGACAUAUGGGUGUCGCAUUGUGAUGAAUUGCUGACCAUUGCAGAAUCUGAUUCAAUUCAGUUACUGCAAAAUCUUGAAGAUCUUCAAUUGAAUGAUUGUGAAGCACUUGAAGUAUUGUUUGACUUUGAGGGUAUGAAGGUCACUAAUGAUGAUGCAGAAAUUAAUGUGCUUGGUCGAUUAACAUUUUUGACACUGAGGUUUCUACCAAAAUUGGUGCACAUUACAAGGAUGGUUCCAAAAGGAAUUCGCGUCUUCCAAAAUUUGAAAGAUCUUAAUGUCAUGCGUUGUGAGAGCUUAAGAUACUUAUUCUCACCUUCAAUGGCCAAUUCUCUUGUGGCUCUGGAAUAUCUAAUGGUUUCAAAAUGUGAAUCAAUUAAAGCGAUUGUCGGAAAAGAAGAAGAAGAAGAAGAAGAAGAAGGCACUUCAGAGAUCAAAAGAGUUGAAGCAAUGAAAACCAGAAUUGAGUUUCCUAAGUUGAACUCUCUAGAACUCAAGGAUCUUUCAAGUAUUCAAAUGUUUUGCUCUCAGAACUGUGAUCUUGUGUUCCCUUUAUUGAAUAUUCUGAGAAUUGAAAAUUGCCCUAUGAUGCCAAAAUUGAUUCCAUGGCCAGUAAGUGCACCAAAGCUUGAUAUUUCCGAUUAG